AUGUCGGACAGCGCCCCAAUCCCCUCAGCAAACCCCAACCCCACAAGUUGGCUUCAAAAUCUUGGUAUCGCGAUAGAAAUAUUAUGUCCAGCGCUUGCGCUGAUUGUUGUCGCCUUAAGAACAUAUAUCAGACUCGACACAAAGAGCUUUGGCUGGGACGAUGGCCUCAUUAUUUCGGCGAUGGUCUUUAGUAUCGCCAUGGCGGUUGGCUCGAUUAAAGUCAUGAAAGCCCUCUACAUAGGCAUUCACUAUUAUGAUGUUCCUAUGCCCUUCGAUCCGACAGAAGGCCUAAUCUAUAUAUACGCUGUGGGAGCCAUCUAUCAGCCAAUUCUAACCUUAGUCAAGCAGUCUAUACUCGUCUUUUUGCUCCGUUUCUCUGGAAUCAAGUCAGGUAUUCGACACGUCGUAUGGGGCACGAUUAUAUUCAACACAGUUCUAAUGGUUGCCAUAUUGCUCACUGUUAUCUUUCAGUGUACUCCCAUUUCAGCCAACUGGAUUGUAGGCACAGGACAGUGUAUAGAGCAAUUCAAAUUUGGUGUGGUAGCUGCCUGUAUGACGAUUCUAACAGAUGUUAUAUCUGUCGCCUUGCCUUUCUAUAUAUUCCUUGGCUUGAAGAUAAAUAAGAACAGAAAGGUAGCCUUGAUUGGUGUUUUUAUGUUGGGUGUGCUUGUUACCGUCGUCAGCGUUAUUCGCCUAUACUUCCUCGCCCAGAAUUUCAACGAUACCAGCCCGGACAAGAACUUCUCCAUCGGCUUCUGUGUUUCUUCUAUAGAAUGCAACCUUGCUAUUCUAACCGCAUCGGCGCCUGCACUAUGGCCCCUAUUCAGGCGAAUACCGUUCUUCAAAUCGACCGGCGAUCGUUCUUACUACGGCCAUCAAAAGUAUGGAGGCACAUCACACGGUCAACAGGGAUAUAUAAGGACCACCGAUGGUCCAGAGAGUAGUAAUAAUAUAGGACUGAAGGAUAUGAGUGGACGACGGGUUCGCACCGAAGUUCGGUCUGCGCGAGACUCCGACGAAGAGAUCCUGACUGGCACCGGGAUAAUGAGAACCACUCAGUUUACGGUCGUAACUGAGGAAGAUAGGUACUCUCGCACAACACCGAGUAGCAACCUCGACGGUCAUACAACACACUCCAAAGUCUCGAGCACCGGCUCUUUGUGA